UGGAGCUGAAAAAACACAGUGCAAUGUUAAUCUUAGCCUAAACCUUCCAUGUCCGACAGUGCUAUACUAUCUUGAUCAGAAUGGCACCCGAUAAGAGAGGAGAAGCAGAGUUAGAGUAUGAAACUCAAGCUUUGACUAAUAUAGAAGAGAAGAUACAGCAAAUUCGGAAAACUCAUCAUCCUGAUGGCCCAGACGUUGAUGUCCAAAAUCUUCUGCAAAUCCUUGAAGGCAUCGAUAGAUAUGUUACCCCCUACCAACCGUUCUUCAGAACAGUAACAGUAACAGAUCUGCAAGGUCAUUUGGCUGACGUGGACUUUCCCUCAACUGUUAUUAUUCACCAAAUAUCUUCCAAGAUUUCAUCCCAGCCCCUCAGAAAAGCAGAUCCCCAUGAAGCAGCUCUCGCAUUAUUCAACUCAGUGCUAACAAAAUAUCGUUGGGAUGCAAAGUUGAUUCUAACAAUGGCAGCUUUUACUUUGAACUGUGCAACACUUUACCUUUUAUUAGAUUCUUAUAUCUCAAACAAAAUUAGCGUCUCAUUGUCAAUCUUCAGGAAAUUUCCUAUACUAACCCCAAAAGAAUUUGGCAUAAGAGAAUUCUCUGAACGGUGGUUUGGCGAACUUAGCGAUCUGAGGCAGAAGAUGAAGAAAGUGUCACGGCGUGUGAUCGAGUUUAGAGACUUACCACCUCGUUACAUUUCCCUGGAAGAACCACCAUUAUCUGACGCCCUUCAACAUAUCCCUAUUGCUACCUACUGGACGAUAAGGAGUGCUUUGGCUUGCUUAACUUAUAUUGCCAAGGGAUCUGAAACUGACAAGGAUUUGAAAGGAGAGCUACCGUUGCUGAAAAAGAAACUGGAAGAAGAACUCAAGUAUCUAGACAAGCAGCUAGAUUGUUGUCGCCAACACAUAGAGGAGAAGAAGGAUUUUGAAGGCUAUCUAAUGCUUCUGAAUGUUUUGGAUGCAAAUCAAGGCGACAACAGGGAAAUCCUCAGGGCUCUGAUUCCAACUGAGAAUGAUUCUGCCGAACCACUUUUUUAUCCCCGGACCCAGUCACCGGUAAAUAUUGAUGCACUGAGAAGGAAGCAAGUUAUAUUGCUUAUUUCCAACCUAGAUAUUACAGACACUGAAAUUCUUAUGCUUAGAGAUAUAUACUAUGACAACAAGUUCUUUCAACCAAUGGGAGAACAGUAUGAGGUAGUUUGGAUUCCAGUUAUUGAGUCUCCUUGGGAUGAGUCAAUGAACGUUAAAUUUGAGGAAUUAACAAAAUUAAUGCCAUGGCAUAUCUUGCGCUUUCCAAGACUGUUACGAGAACAAAAGAGGGUGAUUAGAUUGAUUAAGGAAGUGUGGCGCUUCAGGAACAAGCCUAUCACGGUGGUGCUUGACUUCGAUGGUACUGUGGUGUGCGUUAAUGCUAUCCACAUGAUGUGGAUAUGGGGGCCGAGAGCCUAUCCUUUUAAGAGGACCAAAGAAGAAUCUCUAUGGAGUGAAGAGACCUGGAAUCUUUGGCUCCUUGGUUGGUUUGGAUUCUUCUAUCCUAUUCGUAGAUCGAUUAGAGAAGAAAUGCACAUCCUCUUGUUUGGAGGAGAGGAUCUUGAAUGGUUGAAAGAUUUCACAACCGCAGCAGGGCAAGUUGCAGAGGAAGCACAAAUUCCACUUCAAAUGGUCUAUGUUGGUAAAAACGAAAAUUUGGAGGAGCUUCCAAAUGAUCUUUACUGGCCACGUACUGGGGACGUAUGGUUCUUUUGGAAUAGAAUAGAAAGCAUGUUGGCUUCAAAGAUUGAGAUAGCAAAAUAUGAGGAUAAUAAAAAUGACAUUAUUUUGCAAGAAAUCAAGAAAGUUGUUACGUACCACAAAGAAGGUGGCUGGGCCUUGCUUAGUAAAGGAGAUAAGAUUUUGGUAAAUGGGAGGAGUAAAAUUUUUUUUCGUGUGUUCAAAGAUUUUGAAAAGUGGAAGGAAGAUGCUACGAUUAAUACUGAGUUUGAUAAUCGUUUCCGGAAUUAUUAUGAUAAAAUUAAUAAAGGAGAUGAUAGUGUUGGUCAUUUUUGCUGUCGGUUCAAUUUUCCGGCCACCCUCCUCGGUCAGAUUCCUCGAAAAAUGAUUUGCCCGGAGUGUCAUUCCACUAUGGAAAGACAGAUUACUUUAGUUUGUUGCCACAAGGAUGAGAUCAUAGAAUCACCACAGCUAGAGUAAUGCCUGCAAGAAACUUCCGUAUAGGCAAAGAAAAGUGAAAGAGUGGAUUAAUUUUCAGUAUUUGGCUUGUGUUUUUGUUUUGUUAUUGAGUAUUGGCAGUAUUUGAUAAUACAUGAGAAAAAAAUUAUAAGAAGAAACAGUGUGGUCUGUCAUAGAUGGAGCUUCGUUAGGGCAAGGGGGGCAAUGGCCCCUGAAUUUUUCUUUUUAUUUUUAAAUACAUAUUUAAAUAAUCAUUUUCUGAAAAAAUUUAAUA